UCUUCUUCUUCUUAGCCACAGAACAAACAGAGAGAUUAGAUCCAUAAGUGUAUCAGAUGGAUCAAAUGGUGUCAAAAUCGCAGUUUCUGAAGAAUUUGACGAAGUUCGUCAUCGUUUCGAUUUGGGUUUUCUCUAUUUUCUUCUAUCUUAACUUCUACUUCUCCAGGUUCAUGAUCAAACUUGUCACACACACAGUCGACAAGAACCACAUGUUCUUGUUUUGUAACGGACUCCUAGUCUUCGUGGUCAAGUACUCUGGUCAGGUCAGUUCCGUAUCCAAAGAAGAAAGCUCCGAUCACGGAGCAUUUGAGAGCCACGACAAUGUCGUGGCAGAGUUCGAACAGGUCCGAAGGCGACAAACAGAUGAGUUUCUUGCGGAACAAGCUACAGAGAUCGGAGAACAAAGUGAAACUGUAUCCAUUAAUGUCGGGACUGUAGAAGAGCCUGCAAAAGAUAUCUACGUGGUGGUUCAAGAAGAUCAAAAUAUAGGAAACGAAGACGAAGAAGAAGAAGAAGAAGAAGAAGGAGUAACACGUGAUAAUGAUUUUGAAGAAGAAGGGGGAGUGGGAAAGAUGACGGCAGAGGAGCUGAACAAGAAGUUCGAUGAGUUCAUAAGAAAGAUGAAGGGAGAGCUUAAGAUGGAACCUCGAAGACACUUAAUCGUUGUUUAAUUAUAUGAAUUGAUUUUUCCCUUUAUGAUUAAUCGCUGUUUUCUCUGGUUUCUAUUUAACUAUGUGUACAUACA